AUGUCACAGGUUCCCCGCACCGUGUAUUCCAUAGAAAAUGACGUUAUGGUAACAUUGACGGAAAAUGAGGCAGUGCUGUUCGAAAAGAAUAAAUUUCCAACGGACGACAUGUCGUCUGUUGAAAGAUCCAAGGUUUCUUUGGUAAAUUACGCUUCGAUUUCCAACACUGACCAAGUUAGAGGUUCAAACGUGGAUAAUAAACAAUUGGGAUCUACAACGCAUGAUGGAUCUUCAGAAAAUGAUUUAUCGAAUAUCCGGAUUACGGAAUACAAUGUGGACGAGGAUAAAGAACUUCACACGAUCCUCCUGGAAUCUCGGAUACAACGAGGACUCUAUUCAUUGGAAAUCGAAUACGAGACCAUAAUCGAUGAAAAUGUAUUUUUUAUUGGAAAUUACAGCACGUCUGGCGAGAAAAAAUGGCUAAUGGGCACGAAAUUGAAACGUUCCGGUGCUCGUUGUCUCUUCCCGGUUUUCGACGAUACGGUACACAAGUCGGUUUUCUCCGUAUUCGUGGCACGUCCCAAAGAAAUGACAGUCCUCUCGAAUAUGCCCCCCAGGAGUUUAUGGGAUGCCUGGAACAAUUCAAUGAUAGUCGACAGAUUCGACGAUUCUCCGCCUCUGUCACCGCAUAAUUUCGCUUUCGUUAUGGGCCAUGUGGAGAGUAUGAAGACGACAAUUGUAGGGGACACCGAAAUGGUAGCGACGUUCUGGUCCAAUUCGAACAGAAGCUCAGAAGAGAUUUAUCUGUUUGACAAACUCAGCCAAGUCGUUAUUAAUUUGAUCGACGUCUUUUUUAUGUCUUAUCCCUUGCCUAAGUUGGAUCUAGUAGGCUUGCCUCCGGGGAUCGACGAGAACAUGGGUAGUCCAGGAUUAAUUAUGAUGAAGCAAUCGUUGUUCUACGCCACUAACAGCUCCCCUAUAGUAACAAGGCACAACGCUCUGAAGGUCCUGGCUACCCUGAUAGGCCAGCAGUGGCUCGACGAGUUUAUGAACGCGAACCGGACAGACGCGUGGUUCUUCGAGAGUCUGUUGAUUUACAUCGGACACGAGAUCGUUCGGAAGAUAGACUCGUCAUCCAACUCGAGCGACUCUUUCAUCAUCGAUGUUCAGCUACGACUGCUGGAGAUAGACGGUUACAGCAUCUCAAGGCCCCUCCACGAGAAUGUCAAUUAUCGUCUGUUGCAGUCUCUUAACGACGAACACGCGAAAGGUGCAUGUCUGAUACGCAUGUUGCAUGGUGCGAUAAGUGAUACCGCCUUUAGGAACAGCUACAAGAAACUGAUAACCAGGUGGAAGUACAACAGCACGGAUGUAGCUGAUUUCAUGAAUAUUCUGGAGGAAGAAGCGACUGAACUUCCGUCUGGAUUUUCAUUGAAAGAAACGAUGAAUUCUUGGAUCUCGCAAGGUGGAUAUCCACUUGUAACUGUAAUAAGAAAUUACGAAGAGGAAUCUGCCAUCAUUUAUCAGGAACAAUUUGCACUCGAUAGGCCUCAAGAAAGUGUGUCCAAAUUUUUGUAUAUUCCGCUAAAUUUUAUGAACAAAAAUGGCAAUUGGUCGUCUCCAACAAAAAUAUGGUUCCCAGCUCAUCCUAAGAUCACUUUGUAUGAUGUUGGUUGCAAUGAAUCUUGGGUACUUUUCAAUGUAAACAAGACUGGUUAUUAUCGAGUGCAUUACGACGAAAGAAAUUGGAUGCUGUUAAAAUUGGCACUGAGGGAAAAUCCCGAGUUGUUUCCGCCCGAAACGAGAGCAUCACUUAUAGACGACAUUUUUAGCCUAACUGCCAUAGGCUUGAUGAAAUACGAGACUACCUUUGACUUUAUUAAAUAUAUGCAAAUGAAGGAGAGGCAUUAUCUACCUUGGGCCGCGUUUAUGCGACACAUGUUCAAGAUAAACAGGCUUUUAUACGAAACUCCGAUCUUCACUGAUUUUCAAGAAUUUAUAGCGAGAUUCGUAUCUCCAUUGUACAGCGAAGUGGGAUCAAUGGUGGAGGAAGGGUCACACCUGACAAUGAUUGCUAUAGAACUAGCAUGCGAAUUUGAGCAUGUUGAGUGCUUAAACUGGUCGAAAAAUGCAUUCCAAAACGCUAUGAGCCAUAAUGAAACCCAUGAAAUUGUCCCUUCUUACAUCCGUGGAACGUUGUAUUGUACUAUCGCGCGUUAUGGCAGCCGAAAGGAAUGGAAUUACUUCACGGAAAAAGUAACGUUCACCGAAGAUGAGGAGGAAAGAAAACGUCUGUUAUCAUCCUUCGCUUGCUUCCAGGCUCCUUGGAUUUUACAAUCCAUCCUGAGCGAGAUACUUCACGAAGAACGAUUCCAAGAGGAUGAAAUAUCAGUGAUUUUAAAAGCAUUUCCACAAAAUCCAGCCGCGGCGCAAGUUGCAUCGCGAUUCGUUCGUGCAAAUUGGCAGGAAAUUGCGCAGAGAUUCUCUGGAUCUUAUUCGGUACUCAAAUCUUUCGUGUUGUCUAUGGUAAAUGGUCUAACCACGGAACAGGAUUUGGAAGACCUUCAAAUAUUCAGGGAGAGCAACUACGAUAGCAUGAAGGGCACAAGGUAUGCUGCUGCCCUUGUCGAGGCAAAUGGAAACUUCGUGACAGCAUGGUUGAAGAAUUCUUUACCUCAGAUCGAAAGUAUACUAAAGGAAGAAGUGCAAAAUUCUUCAGUUUCAUGA